CUGGCCCCGCGCGUGGAGGGCCCGGGGGUGGGAGGUCUGCUCCUCGAGCUGAGGAUGGGCCCGCGGCCUUUUCGGCUGUGGGCCUGGUGCUGGGUCCCCUGGCUCGGGCGGCACCUGUGGGUCUUCGUACACAGGCAGUGUCCUAUGGUACCGUGGCCUUGGGGGGGAUUUUGACCCAGCCCCUGAUGCCCAGCAUCGUUGCAGCUGUGUAGUGGGAAGGGAGCUCUUGCUGUUCUGUGAUGAAGCAUUGCUCCCGGGGUCCCCUUGCUACUGAGGCCCUUCACAGCUGUGGAAUUGCCUCAUAGCUAUGAUGUUUCCCCUGGGUUGCCUGCUUUAAUGACUGGGCUGGGUUAAACAGCACAGCCAGCCGGCUUCUGUGGUGCUGGAUUUUUAAGAGUUGGCUCUCUACUUGUGUCAUUCCUUGGGGAGAAGGAAAGCCUGGACUCAGGCAGGGAGCAGCAAUCCAAGUGCCGCCCUCAUACAGAGGGAGCUGUGGACUAGGACUGGUGGGAUGUGGGGAACCUGUGAUACGUAGGAGCUGCUAUGGGCUUCAGGCUGUAAAUAUGAAUGAAGUGUAGAAGGGAGAAUUAAAUGCUGAGGUCCCUUAAGGCUUGUUUCCCCUUUCGUGACCCAUUUGGUUUCAAGUGCAGUUGCUUAAAAUGUUGAUCAAUUAAAAAGGAACAUUUUGUUAGUUCUUGAUAUCGCUGGUGUUGUUGGCUUCUCUUUGUCCUGUUCUAUUCUUCACGUAGUGCUGUGUUGGCCCAUGCAGCCUGGGGUUGUCUGUGUGCAAACAUCCAGAGCUUUGAUUUGCAAAAUGCGUGAAAUAAGGAACUGGGCACUUCUGCAGUGUUAAUGGAGACUGGUGGCAGUAUGUCUGGUGGGCAGUUCUGUGUGUUACUGAGCAUCCUGUGAGAUGCUCAGGAGCAAAUGAGCAGGGGAUUUGCCCUGCGGUGUCUGAUUAGCAUUUGUCUUUGGAAAAAAAUGGUUAAAGUGAAGCAAAAUUCUUUCUUACAAACAUUUUGCUUUCUGAAUGUAUAUUCUUAUGUCAUCUCUUUAACUCCUUGUAUCUCUCUGCUUGGGGAUUUAUUUUCCUGAAUGCAUCAGAACAUUUUGGAGGGAAAUGUUGCUUUUAAGCAGACACCUCAUGCACUGAAAAAAUUCUCCAAGUCUCUUGUUUCUGAGCAACAUCCAGCUUCAAUCAGUCCUUCCACAAAUCUGGGACAUUUGGAAUAUUGCUAGUGCUAAAAAAGCUCCAAGGGCAGUUUUCCUUGUCUACGUGGCUCUGAUGGUUUCUGGUUGUUGGGGGAGUUCCUGCUGCUGUUGUUAAGGGCUUGGCUGUGGCUGCAGCUGUACAAGGAAUUGCCUCACAGAGUGCAGAGCAGUUUGUAAGGAGAAUAUUUGUCCCAGAGCUGACCUGGCUGGGCGGUGUGUUUGGAGGACUCUGGUUGGGGUGGGAAAGUGCCCUCUGGAAUGUCUCUGUUUCCCAGCAGCUCAUGGUGCUGUUACCAGAGAUACUUCUUCCCCGUCUGUUGAGAAGUGCUUUGGCGGCAGACUUUUGUCAGUGAAAUUUGUAAGUGGCAAGGAAACUAUAAAUUGUGUUUUUAUAUGUAUGUUUCAAACAAUUUAGAGGGAAUGAAGGACUCUGAGGCUUGUGCUUACUGCAUUGCAAUAGCUUCAGGAGCACCUCCUGAAAGAUCUCUCAGACAUUUCCCGACAGAUGUUUCUAGCCAACACACAAUUCGAUUGCAUGGACUCUUCUUAAGUGAAGUCCACAGAGAGCACCGGUUCAGAGGCUCGAUGUGAAGGACGUGGUGUGGUUCCCGCUGCCGUCCUGUGCUACACUGCCUACACUGCUAACUCGUGCUGAUGCCUUGGCUCCUGGCUCAGCUUGUCAGCAUCCCAGCACGGCAGACAGGAUUCCGCCCUGCGCCUGGCAGGGGUCGCGCUGCUGUCCAAGGUCCUGCAUGUCCUGAGUGCUCCUGGCCUGGGGGUCUUCGUUGCCGCGCUCUUGGGAGAUGCAGACGUGCCAGCAUGGCAGAGCUUUUCACAAUCCUUUGGGCUUUUCAAGAAAAAUGAGCGCUCAUUGAAAAUCUCCAUUUUUGAUAGAGCCAAAGGUUGAGUUUGUUACAGGAAUUAUUGAAACAGUUGCGUUAGAAUUGGCAGAAUUGUCUGCUUGGCUCUUCCUUGCUCAGCUGAGGAUGAAAAUCACUUCUGAACACAGAGAGGUUGAUGUUUGACUUCCAUCUUAAGAUGGAGCAGGAAGGCUUGGGCUUGCUGUUGGUACAAGGGCAGUUCACAGACGCUUCAUAGUCUUAUGCUAUCCGUUGUCAGAGCUAAAAGCAGAGCUGAAGCAAUGGUGAUGGAUGAGUGCUUUGCUUCACCAUUCCACUUGCCUGCUGUAGCUGUAAUGUCCCCCAUUUCCACGAUUUUAUAGGAUGGUUUGACUUAACAUCCCUCAAGGGACAGUGCUGUAAGGAUUUGCUGAUUGAUUAUGAAUGUAAAUCAUGCUUAAAAUGUGUCAAAUUCAACUUAGUUUACAAAUACAUUGUAGAUAAGAUCUCAGUAUUGGUUUUCUUCAGGACACCCGAAUUUCCCAUGCUCUGCCAAAUCUCGAGGAGUGUUAGAAAUGAGAUAGAAAGAAAAAAAGUCAGCUCUGCGGAACAAAGUUUUCCAGUUCUCCAGUUGUAUUGCAUAUAUGCAUUCUCUCCCAAUUCAAACAGGAUGUAAAGCAGGGUCCCAGUUCACAUUUUGUCUGUCUUCUAACAUCUGCAUGUGCUUUUCUGCACAUAAGAGGUGCUGGCCUGCAGUCUGCAAAUGAGACCAUUGCUUGGAUCUGCCACUCCAGAGUGCCUGUUUCAAAUUUGAGGGAUCACAUGUAAUAAUUCCAACAAGAACUCCUAGCUUAUUCCCGCAUGAGAGCCUGGCUUCAUGACUUUGAUGCCUGUGGACCAGCUAGCUCAGGGAUUGGGAGCUGUAGGAGUAUUUAAAUGUUUUGAUUUCUGCCUGUUGGGUCCUCAGAAGCCAUCCUGUGCCUCAGAGUUCCCUCAUCCUGGCAUACCAAGCUGUGUCCCGAACCACUGCUGGCAUAGGCGUGUGCUCUGACCAUUCCUGCAGCUGUGACCUCACAGCUCUUGUUAAAGAAUUGUUUACUGAAGCACAUGUGCUUUUCCUCCAGCCCUGCUCUUCUUUGCUAAGUGUGUUCAUAAUCCAAGAUUGGAGAAUUAGCCUGGCUCAGCAGUUUGUGUAUCCCCAAACCAGUCCCCUCUGUGCGGCACUGUGGUGCAUUCAGCCAUUUGUUUUGACCUCAGAACUAUUAUUUAAGGCAGAGGAUGAGAUAUUUUGCAAAACCCUUUCCAGAUUUGUGUGCAGUCACUUAUAUUCUGUGCCCUUCACUAGGCUUAUCAUUCUUCAGAGCAGGAGGUGAGCUGCUAACGAGUGGCAGAGUCACAAUCACAGAAAAAUGAGCUGUCACCUCGUGCUGUGACGUUCCAUACGAAGGCCAAAAAAAGCUGAUGCAUCCAGUAUGUAGGCUUUGUUAUUGCUUCAGAUCAGGCAGUGAGCUUGAACAUCAUUGUUUCAUGCUCUUCCAACCUCUGAACGUGUCAUUCACAAGCUCUGCUGCUGGUGGCCAGCACGUUGCCCUCGUGCUUGUUUCCUGCACACAGUGACCUGCUGCUCACCUGGGCAGGAGGUGGAAGGUGUCUGCUGGGUUGUGAUUGUCCACAGAAUGUGUGAUUUACUUUGCAAAGUAAAAAAAAGCAUCUUGAAGACAGCAGUUAUGGGCUUUCACAUGGGGAAUGCAGGCACAAAGGGGAGAAGUGAAUGCUGCUGACAUGAAACAGGGUGGAAUGAGGAAUUAUGCUUGGAUGUCAGCUGUUCGUGUUCUCUUGCUUUAAGCUAUAUGUAAGAUGAUGAUGACAGGGUUUACUUUUAAUGUGGCUGUAUUUUUUUGCUGCUUUAUGAUGUAAACAAUCUCUUUUUAAAUCUUUGUAGCGCGAAGUCGUUUUGAAAGAAGGAAGUGCUGCACUGGCUGUCUCUGAUGGGACUCCUGCAGUAAUGCAGUGUGACCUUCUGUGUGCUCCAGGAGAUUGAAUUUCACCCAGAAUUUCAUCACUGGGUUCAAUAACCUUAAGCAGAGUGGCUCUCUUUUCAAAGGAUUUCCAAGGAUGGGAGUUAUCAGUUUCUUUACCAGCAGCUUAUCCAACUGCUUAUCACCUUCAGAACAGCUUUGCCUUCCAUUUUUUUAAUGUGUUUUCCCUUGUCUUCUGUUACUCAGGCCGAGAUCCUUGUCCCUGUGGCUCCACCCUCUGCGAUGUGCACAGGCAGUGUUCAAGUUACCUCUUGAUCUUUCUUCGUCUUAAGUAGGUUCAGAUGCCUCUAGUUUUCCAGGCUGGGUCACUUUGCAGUUCCUGUCCUGAAUCCUCUCCAAGAACUCACUCCUCGCUGGAGAACCUCACAGGCCCCAGUAGCUAAAUCACAAAGGCUGAGGUUGGACUCGCCUGGCAUGGACCUUUCUUUGGAGACCACAGCCUCAGGACGGGCGUUUGCAUGCUUCUAGGAUCGUGUGUAAAGCUCCCAGCUUUCAGAACUAUACCCUUCGCAGGUGUUACAGCCGUGUGAAGGAGCAUGGUGUUGGGAAGAGGAAAAGCAGCUACACGUUUGAACAGCUGGAGCAGGUGUUUGGCCAGGGAGGAUGGGAUUCCCAGCCCUGCCAGCCUGUCCUCAUCAACAGCAGUGGCUUGUACCAGGAGCUGGAGUCGGAUGGCAGCACUAUGGAGGAAUUCUCGCAGGAGGACUGGGGAAACCACAGUCAGGAUCUUCAUUGCUACCAGACCGGUGAGCAGGAAUUAGAUGAAGUGCCUACCACAAAAAGAACAUUGAAGAUAAAACAGGAAUCUUCAGAAGACGCUCAGAAGCGCGACGUCAUGCAGAACAUUAUGCAAAUCUUGGAGUCUGUCCAGUUGAAGUGGGAGCUGUUUCAGAGCUGGACGGACUUCUCCAGGCUGCACCUCUCCAACAAACUGGCCAUUUUUGGCAUCGGCUACAACACGCGCUGGAAGGAGGACAUUCGCUACCACUACGCGGAGAUCAGCUCGCAGGUCCCGCUGGGCAAACGGCUCCGGGAGUAUUUCAACUCGGAGAAGCCGGAGGGCAGAGUCAUCAUGACCAGAGUGCAGAAAAUGAACUGGAAAAACGUUUACUACAAAUUCCUGGAGAUCACCAUCAGCGAAGCGAGGUGCCUCGAGCUGCACAUGGAGAUUGACUGGAUACCCAUCGCUCACUCCAAGCCGACGGGAGGCAACGUCGUUCAGUAUUUAUUGCCGGGGGGCAUCCCCAAAAGCCCGGGUCUGUACGCCAUCGGGUACGAGGAGUGCCACGACAAGCCCCACUCGCCUCUGGCGGAGCCGCGGGGCGCCGAUCCCAGCAAUGAGACUCCGGGGGAGCUGGAGGUGCCGUCGCCGCAGGCCUCGCUGCGGGUGGAGAUGGAGUCCGCCCGCAUCAUCUACUGUUACCUCGGCAUCGCCGAGGUCAGGACUCUCCAGCAGUGCCUGUUUUUACAUUUUCAGGCAAACACCAAAACCUUCAGCAAAGAGUGGGUUGGGAUCAACGCGUUUUUAUCUCAGAACUGCGUCGUAGAGCCCGGGGUCUCCCCGAAAUCCAUCUACAUCAAAUUUGUGGAAGUGGAGAGGGAUUUUCUUUCCGCUGGCUCUUUGGUAGAGUGCCUGGAAAAAGCCAUUGGAUACCCCUUAAAAUUCAACAACUGAAUCUCGUCCUUCAUAAGGACUGGGGCUUCCGCCCGUUUCCCAUCUCACCGUCGGACGCUGGUGGAUCCUGCGCGCGGCCGGAGGCGAAGGUGUUGCUCAGCAGUGUUUGAGGGGGGCUGCUGGGCCGUGGAGCAGCGCGGGGCGGCUGUGGGCAGCGCUGAGCCCUGCCAGCACAUCCCAUACAUUCCAUGUCGGACGGAGCGGACGUUUCAUACGAAAAGCUGUUUUUCCACAAUGUCUCAUUUUUACACAUCCGUCUCUAUAAGUGUUAUUACAAAUCUGAAUAAAUAAGCAAUAGAUAAUGGCGAGUUAAAUCUUGAAUCACGUUAAAGGAGACUGUUUUUCAAAGCCACCCUUAGAUACUAUUGUAUAUAAUUUAGAAACUCACUUUUUUCACCCAUCCAGUGUUCUCCUCUCUCCAAACAGUGUUGCCUGCAAAGACUUUUGUUUCUGUGAUGUAUUCCACUUUCCUAGUAGUGUUGCCAUAUCCACUUUUUAUUUUAUUUUAUUUUAUUUUAUUUUUUAACAUUAAAAUAAUUCCCGGGCUUUUAUUA